AUGCAUUCACAUUUGCAGGCGCUGGAGUGGCAGGUGCAGGGAGAAGCGCCGCGUUCUGAGUGCGACGGAAACCAGGUUUUUCCGAGAACGCAAAAGCCGCGUCACCCCAAACAAGCAAAUUGGGGGGGGAAGUCCAGCUGCACAGACUCGGAGACGACCAGUCCGAAGAGGGAGAGGAAAACGUCUGCACCGCAGGCUUCUGCCAGGUUCCACGCGCGCGCGCGCCAAGUUGCUCUCUCGGGUGUACAGACGCCUGGCGGUUGCCCAAGUGAGACGGCGAAUCGCGUUAUCUGGAGGAGCAUAUCUCAUGGCACUGCGGCGCUUCACGGCCGCUUUCUUGAAAGCCGCGAGCACUGGAGGGCAGGAGAGGAGAGUCUCGGGGCUCGCAAGCGUGGAACUACAAAGAACAAGUCCGAGAAUCGACGGAAACCAGCAUGGAGCACAGACCGGCGGAGUCGGCUAGACAGCGGCGAAGCGGAUCGGGGGAAGACACCUUCCUCCGAAGAAGGAAUGCAUCGUACCGUGAAGGUAAGGGCGGGAGACUGA